UCCGGCCUCCGCCCCCAGGCUCCGCCCCUCGCCCUGGUGUCCGCGCGGAGGCCUCUUCUAGAAGUCGCUCGGCUCCCUUUGGUAUAGCUUAGGGUGCUCCAUGAGGGACCCCCAGGGCGCAGAAGAUGGAGGGCGCGCCAGCCAUUCCCCAACUACCCCCCCAUGACGCGAGCACACCGGCCCUCUCAGUGGUGGACAUGCACACAGGCGGCGAGCCUCUGCGCAUCGUGCUGGCCGGCUGUCCCGAGGUGCUCGGGCCCACGCUGCUGGCCAAGCGGCGCUACAUGCGCCAGCACCUGGACCACGUGCGGCGCCGGCUGCUGCUCGAGCCUCGGGGCCACCGGGACAUGUACGGGGCGGUGCUGGUGCGCAGCGAGCUGCCCGAUGCGCACCUGGGUGUGCUGUUCAUGCACAACGCGGGCUACAGCUCCAUGUGCGGCCACGCUGUGUUGGCCUUGGGCCGCUUCGCAGUGGACUUCGGGCUGCUGUCUGCGCCCCCCGCCGGCGCGCGCGAGGUCCAAGUCAACAUCCACUGCCCCUGCGGACUGGUGGCCGCCUUCGUGGCGUGCGAGAGCGGCCGCAGCUGUGGCCCAGUGCGCUUCCACAGUGUCCCGGCUUUCCUGCUGGCCUCAGAUCUCACAGUGGAUGUUCCUCGACAUGGAAAAAUCUUGGUUGACAUCGCAUAUGGUGGCGCAUUUUAUGCCUUUGUUAAUGCGGCAGAUUUAGGGCUUGAUGUCUGUUUGGCAAAGACAAAGGACCUUGUGGAUGCUGCAAGUGCAGUGACAGCAGCAGUGAAAGCUCAGUUUAAGAUUACUCACCCGGAGAGUGAAGACCUUGCCUUUCUAUAUGGGACUAUAUUAACAGAUGGGAAGGAUGCUUACGAUGAGGAACCAACCACCAACAUCUGUGUGUUUGCAGACGAACAGGUUGACAGAAGCCCCACUGGUUCGGGAGUGACAGCCCGAAUUGCUCUGCAGUAUCACAAAGGCCUUCUAGGCCUGAACCAGCCCAGGGCCUUUAAAAGCAGCACAACUGGUUCCAUGUUCACAGGCAGCGCCGUGAGGGAAGCAAAAUGUGGAGAUUUCAAAGCUGUUAUAGUGGAAGUAUCAGGACAAGCCCAUUACACAGGUACAGCAAGCUUUACUGUAGAAGAUGAUGACCCACUGAAAGAUGGGUUUCUUCUAAAAUGACUUCAGCAGGACUCUUAGCAGAUUUCCUUCUAAAGUAAUAAUUACUUGUAAGUAAUGCUUUCUUGAAAUUAUGUGCAAACCAAUAUCCAGUUAUUCAUAUAAGCUAAUUUUCAUUCUUUUUAAAAUACUAUACCAUGGCUAAAUAGAAACUUAUUAUACCUCAUAUUUGCUAAUAUAUUUUGGUACAAAUAUCACUUAAAUCUAGCAUGUAAAGUGCCAAAAAUUCAGGAAAAUUUUCUAGUUAUUAAUAUAUUGAGUAAAAUUAAGAUCUUUUAAAACAUUACUCAAUGGUAAAGAUUAUAAUGUUUUGUUCUAAAGGUUCUUUGAGUAAUAUCUGAAAUUGUAGUCACUCAACAAUGAACUUUACAAGUUCAUUAUUGUCAUUAUUUUAGUGUUCUAUUUUGAGAGGAAUAAUGCCAUCUAAAACAGCACUCAAAGAAAUGAAAAGGUACUCAACACUUAGCAUGAACAACCGGGAAAGAGGGGUGGAGCAAACUGCUUUCGACUGGCAUCAUUCCAGCAGCAGCAGGUGUUCUGUAUGCUUCAAUACCAGCUCCCACAGGUACCGAAGAACUGUAAACUUAUUCUGCAAAAACAAACUAGCAAUCUGCAUCUUUUGCUACCUCUUUAAGGCUUUUCAUGAAAGGUUGAGAAAAGAUCAAACUCAGAGUCUCAUGAAUGCUAAGCAUCUGUUGUACCCCCAACCUCUUUAAGGCUUUUACAAAAGGAGCUGCCUCCUAGUUACUGAAAUGCAGGUAUGUGGUAAAAAUUAAUGACUCAAAGGGAAUGAGUUACUCUUCAGCUGCAUGCUAGGAAGAUUUAAAACAUGAAAGAAGUGCUUAUAGUUAAUACUUCUCACUGGUUAAUACUUAGCUGUGAGCCUUGAUCACUGUUAGUUGUCAUAAACCAAAGUACUUACUCUCAGUAGAUUCUUAGUGGAGCAGGUAAUGGUAUUUUACUUCAGAGCAUGAAAAAACAAGUUCAUUGUAACUGGCUUUGUCACCUGAAUGUCAGUAUUGACAAUUACUAGGUCUGUGGCUUAAUUAUCUAACCAAAAGAAAAACUAUCAAGUUAAUAUUUUGAUUUUCCCAUUAUCAAAACAUGUUAUACUGCUUUUUACUCAAUCUUUAUAAAAUUCAGUGACAAAAUCAUUUACCUCCAACAAAUGACAGUAUCGCUAAAUCACCAAGUAAUUUUCUACAGAUUAGAUUUGCUGUACUUUUUUAAAAAAAUAAAAUCAGAACCACUGUUCUCUCAAAGUCUUGUAUCACAUUAAUUUGAAAAAAAUAUGUUGUUCGUAAGUUAGAUUUUAUAGCAUUUUAUAAUGUGCCAUAUCCACUCUCUCCACUUUAAUGAAGUACAUGUGAUGGUUGACUGAUUCGUGUCAGCUUGAAUAAGAGAAACUCAACUAAAUUGUCUCAGCUGUUCUACAAUCUAUGGUGUAGAAGACUCACCUCAGGGUGGCUCCUCACCUGGAUGCUGUACAGGGGAAAUGAGGAAGGACAGAGUUGCUUCUGAUUCUUUGGAGGAGCUCCAGUCUUCGCCUGGCCUUUGGACGUCAUCUCUGGGCUUUCAGCACAAACUCUUCAGCCUUCCAUCACAGACCCACUGGCCUCCUGAUACAGACUCACACCAGACACCACAAUGAGCUCCAGACCUUUCACUGGAACUUCUGGUCUCUAGUGUGCAGACACCUUGCACACUCUUCCACAUUUGACUCUGUGGGCAGCCACUGUAAGCCGAACAUGUAAAAUUCUUACACAUUCAUGUAUGUUGUGUGGUAUCUGUUUCUGAAGUAAAUAUUUAUGAAUACAGUGCAUAUUAGUAUCCCAUAGCUACCCAGACGGGAGUUUUAUCCAUUAUGUCACGCAGAAUUGUCAGUUCUUGAUGAUAAAAACAAGCAGAUGAUUUUUGGCUGGUUUUAUUACUUUUUGACAUUCUCCAGAGAGCACAAGGAGGAUCAGCCUCACUGGGGCCCGGCCUGGCCCUCAGGAUGUUCUGUGUUGUGUCAAUGUCUAUUCCAUUGUACAGGUGAGGGAGAUGCAGGUCCUACCUGUUAAAUAACUCUCCUUAGGGCCUUCUGGAGAUCACAACUCCGAUAUUUUCCUAGUACACUUCCUCACAGAUAGGACAUCCAGAACUCACUCAAGGUAAGAUACUUUGGUGAAGAUGUUAUAUUUUUCUUGAACAUUAAAAGAUGCGUAUCACCUAAA